CCUGUGCCCACGAACUGUUGCUCUGAGCAACCAGGGAGCUCAGACGCAAACGCGAGCCCGGCGCGCCAGAUCUCGGGACCGUUUCGCCUUAUUUCUCCUGGGUCAUGGGUUUCAUGAAACGUAUUCUUGCUGCCCAUUGAAGGCUUUUACCAUGGACCAACCGGCCGUCCCUCGUCCGUCUGGUCUACCCAAACCAGCAACGUCUCGACUCCCGGUGCUCAGAUCCUCCGUGAGCCACUCUCAGCUGCGAACGCCUUCUUCGACCGAGCAGUUGCGCAAGAAAACGUCUGUUUCUUCAUUGUCGCGGGCAAGCCUCGCUGCGCCAGCACCAGCACUAGCUCCAAAACCAACACCAGCCCCAGCACAGCAGAGGAUAUCGACACUGCAGAAGAAGUCCUCGAGAGUGUCACUUGCUCCCACCAACGCCCCCCACACUGCCAUCUCCGCCACACCCAACACCAGACGACGAGCGAGCGGUAUUCCCAGCGCUGGCCCAACUCGAACCAACGAUGCGCCUGUCUUCAAGAGACCCUUUGCCCGUCAGCCGUCCUUUCAGACCAAACCUGCGCCACAGCCAGCGUCAAAGCCGGACGUGAGAAAAGAGGAUGACGCAUUGGGCAGUUUGGACGGUUUCCGUUCGGCUUCUCGCGCGUCUUCAAGAGCAGAGUCCCGGACUGGAUUCCGGGAAAGCGAUAAUGAUUUAGAGCCUGAACAGGCUGAACACUCCAAGGGAAAGCAACAGCUAUCGCUCUCAGACAGGACUAUUGAGAGUCUCGCACACCUUCCAUCGUCUCCCGCUGGUAGGAAGGGGAGAAGAAGAUCUAGCUUCUAUGGUGUGGACGAUGGCAUGCCCCCUCCAUUACGACCUGCUUCGGCCCUGUCGUCAAGCAAUAGCAGACCGACCUCAAGCGACGGCGCCUCUCUUGCACCCCCAGUGACUCCACACAAGUAUGGUGCCCUACCCGGCAGGCUCGCCAUGACAGCCCCUGGCAAACGAAGCGUCAGCGCCCUUGUACCCAUGUCCACUGCAACCCCGAGCAGAACGUCCUCAGUCUCUCGUCCUGUUUCCACUGUCAAGAAACAGCCGCCCUCUCUAGCGCAGAACCUCCAAACUACGCCAAAACCGCGUCCUCUGUCUAAUAGCAAAAGCAUGGUCGCGCGUACACCAAAGUCUCGGCCCUCGUUGGCCGGUACUUUUGGGCAGGCCAUCUCGCCUCCCAGUGCUACAAUAGCAAGUCCUGUCGCGCCGUCUCCCAGUCGCGACGCCCCUCUUACGAGCCGGAAGGUGACCAGCUCCUCCAACACUCUCCGUGAACAACUAGCCAAGGCUAAAGCUGUACGAAAGGCGGAUGCUACAAAACCAUCCGAAUCACCUGUAAAACCUGGGGGUUCCUCCAACGCACUACGAGAGCAGAUCGCCAAGGCUAGAGAAGCUGCUCGGAAAGCCAAGGUUGAGCCCAUGAGAACCUCCACACCCCCUAGAGAUGCGAUUGUGCCUGAUCCUGCUGAAGUGGCGGAGUUCGACUUUGGUCUCGACGAUCCUUUCAACCAGACUGCAAAGGGCACCAAGUCUCUGAUGAAAAAACGCAUCGAUGGUGCUCGGGUAGAUGGACGUUUGAAUAUUGCUGUGAUGGGUCUCAAAGAUAUACCCGACGAAGUGCUCAACAUGUACACCUAUGACCCUAGUGAUACCUCCGUAGCUUGGGGUGAAGUCAUGGAUUUAGCCACAAUCAUAGCUGCUGACAACGAGCUGGCAAACAUUCCAGAAUCCAUGUUCCCAGACGUCGAUGUUGAAGACGUGAUUGAUUCGGACGAAGCGGGCCCUCAAUUCGGAGGCGUGCAGAGCCUGGAUUUUCAUGGAAACGUGUUGCGAGAGCUGCCCAUGGGCAUGAGAAGGCUGACACAGCUCUCGAAACUGAACCUCUCACGAAACCAGCUCCCUAUGGAAGCGUUUGAUGUCAUCUCUCAGAUUGCCACACUUCGUGAGCUCAAGCUUGCUGAGAACGCCUUGCAAGGCGACCUACCAUCUGUUCUCGGAAACAUGUCCCAACUCGAGGUGCUUGAGCUACAAAACAACAAACUCACCAGCCUACCGGCUGAGAUCCGUCAACUCACACAUUUGCGAACGCUUAACGUUGCUGAGAACCAGCUAGAGACUGUCCCGAUGGAUUUGUUCACCGCAACACCACUUACUGAGCUCUUCGCGUCGAAGAAUCGUUUCAGUGGCUACUUCUUUACUAUCGAUGCAGCCGAACAUCUGCAGCACCUUCAGCUAUCGAUGAAUUCACUGACAUCUCUUUCCAAGUCGGACAUCGUGAGAUUACCUGCGUUGAAGCACUUGGAUGUGACAGCAAAUCGGCUAGUCGGGUUUCCCAGCGUGACUUCUUGGACCAAGUUGGCCACGCUGUUGGUAGGCGAUAACAAGCUUAAGGUCUUCCCGGAGGGCUUCUGCUCCUUGCAACAGCUUCGAGUUGCAGACUUUACUGGGAACGACCUCACCAAGCUGGAAGAAGAAAUAGCGCUUAUGCAAUCACUGAAAACCCUUACAAUAGCGGCCAAUCCCCUCCGCGAGCGCAAAUAUCUGACGAUGAAUACGGAGGAUAUUCAGCGUGACCUAGCUUCUCGAUUGCAGCCUGCAAUGGACGAGGCCGUUGAGUUCGAAGAUGGGGAGGGCGUUGCUGCUGAUGGCACAACGUCAGACUCUAAGGACGGUUGGCAAAUGACACCUGCUGGUACACUUGACCUCUCUUCCAAGCAGCUGACAGAGUUUUCGGAUGAGGCCACCUUGAAGACCUUUGCAGAGUCAAACGAGGUCCGACAGCUACUCCUCCAACAAAACGCACUCGAAUUCAUACCAAGCACGCUAUUCCACUUAACUCACCUCACUGUCCUCGACUUAUCAAAGAACAAUAUCGAGAACGCCCUCGCAGCACCGCUCGAACUACCUAAGCUCCGCGAUCUCCGCCUCGCUGGCAACAAGCUCAAAACUCUCAUAACACUCAUGAGGCACCUCACCGCUCCUGCUCUGCAAAACCUCGACAUCAGCCAAAACCGCCUUUCCGGCUCAUUACCACCGCUACGCACUUACUUCCCCGAACUCAUCCUGCUCGUAGCGGCUGAUAACAGUUUUUCGGAGGUCACCGCAGAGUCGCUCCAGGGGCUGAAGAUGGCAAAUCUGAGUAACAACGAUAUCGAGCGUCUAGAACCGAGGAUCGGCCUGCUUCAAGGGACUUUGAAUGGUUUGAAUGUUGAGGGCAACAAGUUCCGCGUUCCGAACUACCAGGUCCUACAGAAGGGAACAGAUUCCGUGUUGACGUGGCUAAGGGAUAAGAUUCCGCGUGAGAGCUGGGACUCGUCGCACACAGAGUUUUUUGAUGCGGAUGAUGGCAUGAAAUUUUAGUAUUCGGGUUGUUGGUUUGCGUAUUCUGAGAUCGGCGGGCUGAUGUCAGAUACCUAUGGUGCUCGGAGGCUUUGGCUUUUGCCCUUUUUCUUUUGAAUACGCGUCGUGGUUUUUUUCGUUGGAUUCUUGUAUAUCAUUUUGGUACAUUUUUUCUAAUCACAUUUUUGUCGAUUGUUAUCUGGACUUGUGUUGAGAUGGGUAUAUCAUACAGACGACGCGUUACAGGUGUGGUUACUCAG